AUGUCGCUAAUUCCAUACCAGCCCCACGAGGGCAGAGAAAUUGUGCUCCGACACCACAACGCCAUCGUCGUUCGUGAUUCCCAGUCUCAUCGACUCGAGAUCAGAGGCAUUUCUACUUGUCCAACAUGCCAUCAACCUCUCACUCGCUCAGAAAACACCCCCGACCGAGGAUAUGAUCGUUCCUUCGGCGCCCGCCAAGAAACCUAUGUCGAUCCCGACUACUUUCGUAUGCUGCGCGCUGUCAACUCCAACAACGAUGCAUCCACCGAUGGACCUCCAAGCCCUGUGAGAAGAAUAUUUGGGCCUUCUCUUGGUGUAGCCGAUAGCACCCACCAGACGUCGCCGCCGCCUCCAGCUCCUGAAGAGGCCGAAUUUGUGUCGAGUACACCUGGUGUUGCGCAAGCAGAAGGCAGCAGGAUACGACGCGAUGCUUUCAGCCCGAAUUACUUUAAUACGUUUUUUGUCGAAGAAAGAGUGUUGGGAAAAGGUGGCAAGGGUGUCGUGCUUCUUGUGCGACACGAGAUCGAUGGUUGUGCUUUGGGCCAAUUCGCCUGCAAACGAGUGCCCGUCGGAGACGAUCACGCAUGGCUUGAAAAGGUCCUCAUCGAAGUCGAACUACUCGCGAAGCUUUCCCAUCCAAACCUCGUGUCUUACCGGCAUGUCUGGCUGGAAGACGUUCGACUUACCCGCUUCGGCCCCAGCGUCGCGUGCGCUUUCAUUCUGCAGCAGUACUGCAAUGGUGGUGACCUUCACCAGUACAUCAUAGGAGGUGCACCUCGUGAGGCGACCAAAGAAGAACUCAAAGCGCAGAUGCGCCGCAGGUCGAAAGGCCAACUCGAAACACCUGUGGAUCUAGUGAACGGUAAUCGCGUAUUGGCAGUUGAAGAAAUUUAUUCACUGUUCAAGGACAUUACUUCUGGUGUAGCAUACCUUCAUGCUGCCAACUACAUUCAUCGCGAUCUCAAACCAAGUAAUUGUUUGAUGCACCGCGAAGGUGGUAGAACAAUCUGCCUCAUUAGCGACUUUGGCGAGGUCCAACCGGAAAAUGUUGUUCGCAAGUCUUCCGGCACCACUGGAACCAUUUCAUACUGUGCACCGGAAGUUCUCAAGAUGGAUACUUCUUCGGGACGAUAUGCGAACUUUACCACCAAGUCGGAUAUCUUUGCACUUGGCAUGAUCCUGUAUUUUAUGUGUUUCGGGCGACUGCCUUACCAAAAUGCGAAUGCUCUCCAAGAAGAGCUUGAGGACGUGGAUGAGCUCCGAGAAGAGAUCACCCACUGGACUGGCUUCCACGAUGAGCGUCGUGAACGCCCUGACCUACCACCGAGGCUGUAUCAACUGUUGAAGAAACUGCUGUCUCUAGACCCCGCUGAAAGGCCUAGCGCCAACGAGGUCCUCAAGGCAAUGAGGGGCGAGUCUGUGAGCUUCGAAAAUGGUUCAAGUCAAGAGCCUGUACCAAAUCUAGGAAUCGCCACUCGAAUCCAAAACUUAGACUCGCCUGCUCACCCGAGCACUCCAGUUCCAGGCCCACGACAUCGUAAUCAGACAUCAACACAAGACAAGUUUGAAGAGCUUGGUGCGUUGGCCAGAUCAACUGCAAGAGACUUGUCGCCCACCAAGAGCGGGCAAAGUUCUCGGCUUGAUCCUCAUCUGCAGUCCUUGUCGCGACACCGUGGCUCGCACUCCAUGGUCGUUUCUCGCAGCCAGGAAAGUCGCCGUAGUUCCCUUGUAACCCCAGCAGUCAGCGUUAGUGACGCAUCUGAAUCAGCAGACUUGCACGAGCGGCGAAGUUCCCAGAGUCCCCCGCUUCUCAUGCCACCACCCACCACAACAGCUGAUGCCUUGAAGCGAAGAGCGACCGUGUUUAUUCUCCAUUUUAUGAAUCUUGCAGGCUCGCACUCUCCAUUACUAAGUUACAUCAUCCGCCUGGGCCUAUUUGGUAUCAAAGUGACAACUCUCAUCCGUCCCUGCUGGCCCCUCAUGGCAGAGCUGAACGUGGCUAUUCCUCUCAUCGGUGUAGCGGCUCUAGACCUUGGUCUACCGCAAGUAACAAGUUAUUCGCCAAUGAUGAUACAAGGCCACGGGGACUAUUUCUCAAGUGGACCACGCGCAUGGGGACUUGGUAUGAGCCUAGUUCUCCUUGUGCUUCACUUCACGGUGCUGUGGGUUGCGUCUGGCUGGGAGACAUUGUGUGUGGAGAGACAACCUGACAUCUGGGCAGAAGGGCCGUGGUGA